AGAGACCAGUGAUCCACAGCUUCUUAAACACUAGGUGCACCUCCGAGGGACAGAGCAGUGCAGUGCGACUUUCCCACUCACUUCCCUCAGAGCCACCUGAGUGAACUGAGGAGCCUAAAAGAAGCAGGCUAGUCCAGGACUAGAGAACAAGGGCUAGAAGAGAAGACCAUUAGAACGCAAAAGAGAAUUCAGGAUCUCUAUUUUUGGUGGAUAAACGAUAACUAAGAGGACCUUUUUGUUCUGAAGGAAAUUUUUAUUUUCUAUAUAAGGAUUCUUUUUUUUUUUUUUUACAAUAUUAUAUGAUUCAUUUGUUCUAUUACUUGUGCUUUUAUUUUCCUAUCUAAUUCUUUUGGAGAUUCGAAGCAAGCAAGUCAUGGAGUUCCACAGAAGCGGGUCUCUACCCACUAAGGUGAUGGCAGUGACGCUGGUACUAUUUUUUCUCACCUCAGCUGCAUCGGCGGAGGAACACGACUACUACAGCUGGCAGUCAGACAACUUCCAGAAUGGGCGUUUCUACACUAAGCAGCCACAGUGCGUGGACAUCCCAGCAGACCUGCGGCUCUGCCAUAACGUGGGCUACAAGAAGAUGCGGCUGCCAAACCUGCUGGACCACGAGUCCAUGCCCGAGGUGAAGCAGCAGGCUGGCAGCUGGGUGCCACUCCUGUCCAAGCGCUGUCACGCAGACACGCAGGUCUUCCUCUGCUCCCUCUUCGCCCCCGUCUGCCUCGACCGACCCAUACACCCCUGCCGUUCACUCUGUGAGGCUGUGCGUGACAGCUGUGCCCCUGUCAUGGAAACCUAUGGCUUCCCCUGGCCUGAGAUGCUCCAGUGCCAUAAAUUCCCCAUCGACAAUGACCUGUGCAUCCCCAUGCAGUUCUCAGGCAACCAGGCCACCCAGACCCCAGCCUUCAAAGUUUGCCCUCCAUGUGACAACGAGCUGAAGGCUGACACCAUCAUGGAACAUUUCUGUGCCAGUGACUUUGCUCUGAAGAUGAAGAUCAAGGAGGUGAAGAAGGAGAAGGGAGACCGCAAGCUGAUUGCAGCUCAGAAGAAGAAGAAGGUGCUAAAGAUGGGGGUGCUGCGCAAGAAGGACCUAAAGAAGCUGGUGCUCUACAUCAAGAACGGAGCCAACUGCCCCUGCCACCAGCUGGACAGCCUGAACAGCAACUUCCUCAUCAUGGGCCGCAAGGUGGACCAGCAGCUGCUGCUCAUGUCCAUCCACAAGUGGGAGAAGAAGAGCAAGGAGCUCAAAUUUGCUGUGAAGUACAUGAAGUCACAGCAGUGCCCCACCUACCACACUGUCUUUCAGUGACCCGCACACAGGCCAGGCAAGGAGAACAUGUUUUUCCAUAAAGAAACAAACACUUUCAAAGCACACCCUGACACUUGCUUGUUUCCCUUUAUCGAAUAAUAAUAAUUAUAUUAAUGUUAACGAUAUGUGAUAAUGAUCAUUAUGGUAAUAUGAAUAACUAUAUCACAAGGAAAUUGGCCUUUACAUUCUUCAUGGUAGUCACUCUGUUAUUCCAGACUCAAAUAAAAACAAGUAUAUAUUUGUUUUUUCAACAAAAUCAGUUCUGGAGUUUUUUAAACUCUCCUUUUUUAAUUUAAGAAAACAUAUAAAUAUGGAUUGUGAGAUUAGCAAAGUCGAAUCGAGUGAGAAUGUGAGGGAGUGAGAGCGAGAGUGAAAAAGAGAACAACAGAGACAGAGACAGGGAGAGGCAUAGACAGUGGGUGAGUAAACACCAGAACAAAAAGAGAAUGAGGGUGACAGAGAGUGAGCACUAAAGAGACUACAUGAGCAACAAAGUAUAGAUGUGUGUGUGCGUGUGCGUGUGCGUGUGUGUGCGUGUGCGUGUGUGGGUGUGUGCGUGUGUGUGUGCGUGUGUUUUGGGUAUGGGGGACAGACUAAUCACAGUAAAGUGGGAUUUCCUGUGCGGAGAUCCCCAGUCCUGGAUUGAUGCUGAAGGACCAGAGCUUUUGUAGAUAAAACUGAAUAUAUCUUGUAAAAAUAAGAAUAGUAAUGAUAAUGAAAAUGAAUCAAAGGUUUUGAUGUUGUUGUGUACGCUUAAACCCCUCCCCCAUUGAACUACAAGCGGCGCACAGCUUUUUAAUGAUAAAUGACUGUUAUGACUGUUCUACAAAGCAGCCCUCAUUGACGGACUGUGGUGGGACUGAAUGCAGCAAGAGGGAGGACUUUUCUGCUUUGUUAGAGUGUAGGGAAGGGUUCCAUUUCUCUCCUGCCCUGAAUGCACAGAGACCUUCACUGGAAAGAAUGGACUGACUGCUCUCUGGGUUCUCAGAUUGAAUUGGUUCCAAGGAUCUCUGUGUUGAUGUGUUUUACAAGUAUCUUCUUUUUUUAAUAUUAUGUAUGGUAUAAAUACUCUAGUCAGCAUCUGCAUCCAAUACUGCUAUAAUAAUGGAGAAUUUAGCUUCUGAAAUGUUGUAAUGAUCCAUAAACCUGUAAGUAGAAUUGUGACUGAAAAAGGUGUUUUUCGUGAAAAAAAUAAAAUAAAAUAAACUUGACAUUUUUAUACAUAAAAAAAA